CAAACGUGAAAUUUUAUAGCAAUUCGAGUGACAAACUUGCAAUUAAGCAGUUAAUUUGGGACAACCAAACAUAAUUGCACAAUUAAGCCCAAGAGUCUAAUCGGUGGGCUGAAUCAGUGGGCCUAGGGAUCCCUCUGUCAGCCCAACUCUCAAUCAAAUCCCGACAGAGUAAUUAACCGAAAUAACUGCAAUAAAAAAAGGCUCACGAGCGUUACUCUGCAAAGAAAUUUGGUCAGCCCCAUAAUUUGCUCCCCCAAUUACCGACAGCCACGUGGACGCCAUUUGUCGUCUCAAUAGUACUUUCUUUCCAUCCAACGGCCACGUUUACUCCACACGACCCCGUCCCUAUCUUUCUUUUCGAUCGUCCGCAAGGUUGUUAAACCCCUAUCGAACCCCCCGGUUGGAUCCGGUUCAACUCGAGUCGGGCUUCAAAACGGCCUCCAGAAAACCCCCCGGUCUGACCCCUAAACAGGGAGAAAAAGAGAGGCAAAAGAGAGGAAAAAGAAAGAAGGAAGGGAAAUGGUAGGUGGAUCAUGGAGGUUAGGUAGAUUUAUUUUGUUGAAAAUAAGUUUUUAAUAGAUAUAUGUAAGAUAAAUUUUAUUUCACUCAUUAAAUUUUUAAUUACUACUUUAUUGGCUAAAUUACACGUUUGGUCACUCAUAUUACAUUUAUGUUUCACGUUUGCCACUCGAAUUACUUUUCUUUCUUAUUCGCCACUAACUUUACGAAUUGUUUCACCGUUAGUCACCUGCCGUUACACUCCGUUAAGUUUGUCCUACGUGGCAGUCAACAGUAAAGUUUGACCGUUAACCAGAUGACAUGGAAAUUUAAAAAAAAAAAUAAAUUUUCACAUCAUCAUUCCCACUUACUUUAUCUAUAUUAAUUAUUCAAUAAAAGUUAAUUAAACUACAAAAAUUAUGUGUUCAUUCUCCGGAACCUUGCAGAAUUUCGAACACCCCUAGAGAAUCUAAAGCUCUUGAACCUCAGCUUCAACUACUUCAAUGGCGAGAUCCCUCCCUCGUUCCAGCGAUUUCCGCUCCAUUCCUACUACGGCAACGCCUUGCUCUGCGGCCAGCUGCUCGACGGCGGAUUCCUCACUGCCUCUUCCACCUCCCCCUUCGUAUCAGCUCACAUCCUCCAAUUCCACUAGGAAGAGGAAGCUAAGCAGGAAUUUCAUCAUCACGGUAUCAAUUGCAGGGGCGACGAUUCUUUUGAUGGUGGUUCUGUUAGCGUUGGCGUCGGAGGAAAAAUGGGAAACGAAAAGGCGAAGGAGGAAACAACAACGCCAAAACGAAGUCGUUUGGGAGCAGAGUGCAAGGUGCGAAGAAGAACAAGCUCUUCUUGUUCGAAGGGAGUGGCCGAGUGGGAGUGGGUACAGUUUUGAUUAGGAAUAUAUGCUGAGGGCGUCAGCGGAAGUUUUGGGGAAAGGGAGCUUGGGGGCGACGAACAAGGCGGCGCUGGAGGACGGAUGCUGCGUGGCGGUGAUUGGUGAAGCGGCUGAGAAGGCUCCCGUCCGAAUGUGGUUCCUCUGAAAGCUUACUAUUAUUCCAAAGAUGAGAAGCUCUUGGUUUAUAAUUACUUCCCCGUCGGUAGCUCCUCCUCCCUCUUACAAUGUAAGUAGAUAAUAGAUCACUCAGAUCUUACUUUCAAUUGAUAUCAUUGGGUAUUUGCUUUAGCCUCAACCGAAUGGAAUUAGGGUUGUUAACAUAUUCUAGAACGUUAAUGGAGAAGGAAUGAGAAGGCCGCUAGUGUGGGAACCAAGAAUGAAGAUCGUCAUCGGAGCAGCGAGAGGAAUCGCACUCAUUCAUUCCCAAUUCGACGGAGCAGCGAGAGUAAUCACCCACAAUCAGCCCGUCACCUGUGGCCGCACAAUGAUUUUUCUUCCUCGCCGGAAAAAGCUAGUGCUCUGUUUCAACUAUUAAAUCUUCCCGGCCGCUAUUAAUUAAUUUUUUUAAUUUAGUUAAAUUUUAGUAAAUGAUUAAUAUGAUAAAUUAUAUAGACAAAGUAAGUGGGAUGAUGAGGUGGAAAAUUAAAAAUUUUAUUUUUAUUUUUUUUUAAAUUUACACGUCAUCUAGUUAACGGUCAAAUUUUAAAGUUGACUGCCACGUAGGAAAAAUUUAACGGAGUGUAACGGCCGGUGACUAACGGUGAAACGAUUCGUAAAGUUAGUGGCGAAUAAGAAAGAAAAGUAAUUCGA